AUGCUAAAAAAGUUAAAAUUUCCUCUUCAAAUUGAUCCCUUGACUUAUACAUACGAAUUGUGGGCAAUUAACUUCGGCGGAGUAAAAUAUGAUGUGGACGGAUAUGUUCAGGAAGUAGAAUAUAUAAGACUUAUGUAUCCCGUUGACGAAUCGAAUUUCUCUAAAAGACACUGGAUUCGUGAAUGGCGAAAAGCGUUUUUGCGGAAUGUCAACAAAUUGGAUUUUCAUUCGAUCGAGAUAUAUCCGUGUCCUUUCUUGGUUUCUGAAUUAGAUGUGAAAAACCUUGCUGAUGAAAUUACACCGUUGAUGAGUGUCGCUGUUAUUGUUGUAACAAUUUUCUGUGCAAUGUCGUAUACGACAAACAGUUGGGUAAAGAGUAAACCUUGGAUGGGAAUUGCUGCAGUUGUGUCUGCUGGAUUAGCAGUGGUUUCUUCUUUCGGUUUGAUGGGUGCGUGUGGUAUUGAAAAUGUCAACUCUAAUAUUCUGUUGCCGUUUCUAAUUUUCGGGUUACUUAAACUCAUAACCAUAGAAACUGUGGAUUAUCUAGUGCAGUCUGAUAGAGGAGAAACCUUUCAAAAUAAACAAUUUAUUAACAAGAUGUUUCCCAUGAACACAUCCGAAUUCUACGAUCUCAUGAGAAUGACAGAUCGUCCACAAGCUCCAAUGCUUUACAUUAAAAAUAAAUACGGAAACAAUUUAAUACAAAAAGACACUUUACUCGAUAUACAAAUCCUGGAUGAAAUAAUUAAAAACAUAACGAUUAUUGUAGAUGGAAAAGUAGUAAAUUAUAGAAACAUAUGUGGCAUAAUUAACGAGCAGUGCAUGGAAAACCCGAUAAUAAAGAUAUUACCAAAGGUGGAUGAAUUACUUUCAGGAAAAAAAAAGUUAAAAUUUCCUCUUCAAAUUGAUUCCUUGACUUAUACAUACGAACUGUGGGCAAUUAACUUCGGCGGAGUAAAAUAUGAUGUAAACGGAUAUAUUCAGGAAGUAGAAUAUAUGAGACUUAUGUAUCCCGUUGACGAAUCGAAUUUCUCUAAAAGACACUGGAUUCGUGAAUGGCGAAAAGCGUUUUUGCGGAAUGUCAACGAAUUGGAUUUUCAUUCGAUCGGGAUAUAUCCGUGUCCCUUCUUAGUUUCUGAAUUAGACGUGAAAAACCUUGCUGAUAAAAUUACACCGUUGAUGAGUGUCGCAGUUAUUGUUGUAACAAUUUUCUGUGCAAUAUCGUAUACGACAAACAGUUGGGUAAAGAGUAAACCUUGGAUGGGAAUUGCUGCAGUUGUGUCUGCUGGAUUAGCAAUGGUUUCUUCUUUCGGUUUGAUGGGUGCGUGUAAAAUUGAAAAUGUCAACACUAAUAUUAUGUUGCCGUUCCUAAUUUUCGCUACAGAGAUUGACGACGCCUUCGUGAUAGUAGCAAAUUGGAGAAUUACAGAUGUUGAAGAAAGCGUGGAAGAACGAAUGGGGAAAACUUAUUCCAAAUCUGCAGUUUCUAUUACCAUAACAACUUUAACAAAUAUUUUAUCUUUCUGCAUAGCGAUGACUGCAGAGUUUCCUGCUGUGAGGAUCUUCUGUUAUUACGCUACGACUUGCGUGUGCUUUACUUAUUUGUAUCAGAUUACGUUUUUUGGAUCGUGCUUAGCACUAAGUGGAUACAGAGAAGAACGUCGUCUUAAUGCAUUUACCUUUAGAGUUACAAAAGAAAGCUCCAACGAGCACGAUUUAGAAGAGAAAAACGAAUUCGUUUUUAUGAAGUUCUUCAGAGAUUAUGUCGCCGAAAUUCUUUCUCGUCCUUUUGUCAAACUGGUCGUUAUUUUAUUAUACAUAAUUAAUCUUUCAAUAGGUAUUUGGGGAGUAACAUUUUUACAAGAAGGCAUCAACUUUUCUACACUUUAUCCAACACAUUCGAAAGUAGCAAAAGCAUAUCAAAUAUAUUACCAAUAUUUCACGGAAUUUGCGCAUCCUGUUCAAAUUGUCAUCAACACAACAUUAGAUUAUUCCCAAGUAGACGUUCAGAAAUCGAUAGAAAAUUUAAUGACGAAAUUUCAAUCCCACCCAAACGUCGCCGGUUCGGAAUUCGAAGUUUCCUGGUUGAAAUAUUACAAAGAGUUUCAGAAUCAUCCGGUAUCGACAUUUUCCAUGAGUAUUUACGAUAUGACACAAAAACAAGAUUUUAUUGACGGACUUCUCCAUGUGUUUUUGAGACUUAAAGCAGCCAAACAAUUUUCGACUGACAUAAACUUUAAUAACAAUUACACAGAUAUUAUCCGAAGUCGUUUUUUUGUUUUAACGAAAAAUAUGUUUGAGAAAGAUAUUGAUAGUACCGUAUUAACCGAUCUAAAAAAAAUAGCAAAAGAAUCUGAUAUACCAAUUAUUGUCCAUUCUUGUUUUUUUCCUAUGGUAGAACAAAUUGUUAUUACCAAACAAAUUACUCUUCAGUUAUUUUGGAUAACAUCUCUGUUAGUAUUUAUUGUUUUUGUUUCAUUUGUUCCGCACGUUAUUUGCGCAUUAGUUGUUGCAUUCUCGGUUGUUUCAAUAAUUGUCGAAACAAUUGGAUUCAUGUCAAUCUGGGGUGUCAAUCUUGACGUCUUUUCCAUGAUGGUUAUGAUACUUUGUAACGGAUUUUGUAUUAAUUAUCCGGCUCACGUGUGUUAUGCGUUUUUGACUUCUUCGCAUUCUGGAGCCAAAGAUAAGCUGAAGGAAUCACUUUAUCACGUUGGGUUUCCUAUAUUCCAAGGUUCGCUGUCUGCAAUUUUCGUAAUAUUAGUAUUUCUAUAUAUCAAUAUGUACAUAUACACAACGUUCGUAAUAAUCGUUACUAUUAUAUCUUUAGAAACGUUGGUCCAUGCCGUGUUUUUUAUUCCCGUAUUUCUUAGUAUAGUGGCCUUUCCAUUUAAGAAAAAAAGUGAGUCUAAUUCUGCUGAAACAGAAUACGAUAUUAUUCGUAGUUUUAAGAGUUAG